UGACGUCGUCGACAGAGUUGACGUUUCACAAACAUGGCGUCGCAGCAGAAUGAAGUUGAUGAGCUGUUCGAUGUAAAAAAUGCCUUUUACAUCGGCAGUUAUCAACACUGCAUUAACGAAGCCCAAAAAGUAAAGACACCAGGGCCAGAAAAGGAAGCAGAGAAGAACAUUUUCCUGUACAGAGCAUAUAUUGCUCAGAGGAAGUAUGCUGUGGUUCUGGAUGAAAUAAAGCCCAGCGCCUCUGAGGAGAUGCAGGCCGUUAGGAUGUUUGCCGAGUACCUGUCCGAUGUAGGCAAGAGGGAUGCAAUUGUGGCAGAACUGGACAAAAAGAUGGCUAAGAGUGUUGAUGUUUCCAACACCACCUUCCUGCUGAUGGCGGCCUCCAUCUAUCUGCAUGAGAUGAACACAGAUGCUGCGUUACGUACCCUGCACCAGGGAGAGAGUCUGGAGUGCAUGGCCAUGACUGUCCAGGUACUUCUGAAGUUGGACAGAGUUGAUAUGGCAAGAAAGGAGCUAAAGAAGAUGCAAGACCAAGAUGAAGAUGCCACUUUGACUCAGCUUGCUACAGCCUGGGUCAACCUUGCCAUGGGGGGUGAGAAAUUGCAGGAUGCGUUCUACAUCUUCCAGGAAAUGUCAGACAAGUACUCGCCCACACUGCUGCUGCUGAACGGUCAGGCUGCCAGUCACAUGGCUCAGAAUAAGUGGGAUGAGGCUGAGUCAGUACUACAGGACGCUCUGGACAAAGACAGCAGCCACCCGGAGACACUCAUCAACCUCAUUGUGUUGACGCAGCAUUUGGGCAAACCUCCUGAGGUGACAAAUCGAUAUUUGUCUCAACUGAAAGAUGCACACAAGUCACAUCCUUUUAUUAAGGAUUAUCUUGCUAAGGAGAAUGAAUUUGACAGACUUGCCAUGCAAUACGCACCCAGCGCCUGAAAGAAGUAUGGUUCCUAUUUAUGUCUCCUACGCUGCAACACAAUGUUAGUUCCUGUCUUCUAUUUUUCAAUGCCUUUAAACAAACUCAUUUUGAUGCUCUACAAACAUUCCUGUAUCAUGGUUAAAUAAAAAUGUUUAUCUUA